GCUUUUUGAGUUCAGUGUGAAACACUAUCUUACAAAGUUUUACUGUCUUUUACCCUUUUAGUAUAUAGACUUUUUUUCCCUACACUGUGAACUUGCUAUACCACAUCAAUUUCGUUGCUUGUCAUACCUUUUAUGGUGUUUAACCAAAUAAAUCAAUACAGAAAAAACGACAAUAAAGUGUACGUUUUAUCUUCCCUUAGGAAGGGUUUCUAAGUAAGCUUUUAAAUACCAUCUAUUUUAAUACUCCUAAAUUUUUUAAUUUCACGUAUGAAUAAACAAAAGGCAUGCGGUGGUCUUCCGGCAUCUUCAGCGGCCCCUCAGAUUACCCUUAAAUCUCAUGUAGUCAAGUCGAUUCCCUCACGGUUGAAGUCAGCACGUCAGAAAAAGUGCAUUGAAUUAUACAAAAGUAAUCCUAUUGAUAUUGCUUGCAGUAAUUGUACUACUAGCAGCUCCAUGGAUGCAUUUCAUGGUACUUUUCUUAACCCGAAUGAAUGCAUGAACAUAUCCGAUACUGCACUCCAAUCAUCACCUUUGAAAUGUCAAAAUUCACAACCUGAAUCACCUAGAGACGUCUUAAAUAAAACUUAUAUGCGGACGCGUGAUAGACGCACUAUCAAGGAUAAUAACAAUCCAGCUGAUGACUCUUCUCGUAACCAUAAGAUUAGUCACAACAGCUCUGAACUUCUGGACAACUCGAACAGUGUGCUACGCCGAUAUUCUUCCUCCUCAUCCUGUGAUAGCAUGUGCCUUCGUACCUAUAACGUUCACCCCUCGUCGAUUUUUUCAACUUCCUCGGAUGAAGAUGUGGAGGAAAGUAUGUUCAUACCGGAGCCGAUUAUUCAGCUCUCUUCCCGGCUUCUAAAACUUGCUAUGCCCUACCACACCAUUGAACAGCUCACACCUGGCAAGCACGUAUGGGUGGUGGACGAGGAGGAUGUCGAGAUGUUUAUCCCUAGCACCUGGUGUAAUGCGUACAAGCUGGUCUGCAAUGGGAGGCUAAGCGGUACGGUGGUACGGCAUAGCGGAAGCAUGACCAUCGUCCGAUUUCACGAUGAGGCCUCUGAGAUCAGUUUAUCCCUUACACUACCGCGGCCGUGUUUAUCGAUAAAGCCUGUCGAGCCGUAUGAAAUUUCGUCAUCAGCGAAUAAGGGGGUCUUUGGUUCCUGCUGCUGUAAGACGGGGCCGCGGGUGAUUUGCCCGGAGUUGGGGUCGCUCAAAAACAGCCUGUCCAAGACUCCUCAUCAGUUUUAUGAAUCCAUGUCCGUUCUGGAGGUUCCUGCGGAGCGCCUUGCGGAUUUGGGUGAAACUCAGAGCUUGUUUCAGCGGGAACAAUACACUACCGCCUUGGCGAUGGUGAAUCGACUGAUCGCCACGCAGAGUCCCGGCAUGCCCAUGGACGUGGAUGCCCUCACGCUGCGCUCCAGGAUUUUCAUUUUCCUCGGUCGGUACGAGGACGCCUUGGUGGAUGCCCUUUGCUGCGCUGAGUUGGAGCCCCGGUGGGUUCGUGGGUAUUUAUGCAUGGCGCGCGCGCACAGCGGGUUGGGGAACUUCAACAAGGCCGCUGCUGCGCUUUGUAAGGCCUCCGCGUUCCUGCCUAACAGCGCUGAACUAGAAUGUAUUAAGGACCUUAAUUCCUACAUGAUAAGAGUGCAAAAAUUGUUGCAGGAGGUCAGCAACGGCGACCUCUUAGUGACCCUCGACUUCAUGUAUUCUAAGCGAAUUAUCAUUCAGUCUCAGUCAGUUACACCGAGUAAGUCGCUUUUCUUGGAGAAUGCGCCAAUUUUAGCGAUGCAUUCGCUCUUUGGGAACCAAUUUGUCGGGCGGUGUGAGGUUUGCUUCCGCGACGUGAGUGAAGAUAUGGAUGCAGCGAGUAUAAAUACAUUCACUUCACUGCAGACAAACUGCACUUCCUCUCCUUUAAGCGAUAUUAGGUACGAAAUUGACUCCACUACACCGAAAUGUGCCGAUUUAUUGGAGGCUCCCAUCACCUCACCUUCGAAAUCUACCGGGCUAUUUUGUUCACAGUACUGUCAAAUACGAAGCAUGCUUUAUUCAGGUCUCGAGGAGAAGCAUAAGGAGGGAUUAAAACAAGUCAAGGAGUUGCUUUAUGAAAAGGCUUCUCAAAUGAAGGAUAUGCGCACACUGGAAAUGAUGAACAUGACAACUCGGCUUUUUUUCAUGGUCAUUAGCACCCAUCGUCGACUGAUUUAUUAUCAUCGGAACCGAUGCAAGCACCGAAACGGAGGAACCGAUCCUUCAAAUUUUCAAGGAUCUGACGAUUUUCACAAAUACCGGGGUAUCGCAAGGGUCUCGCCCAUUCUCUUAAACAGCUUGGAGGAUAAAACACAGGCCGGGAUUGAGAACUUUAUUAGUAGUCCAAACACAGACCACACUCCUGAAUUCCGUGGUAUGCUUAGAGGAACCACCACCAAGGCGCUCCCUAUUGAACUCACCCUAAAGCUUUUAGGAGCCUAUCCAUUAGUCAACGAUUAUUUAACCAGUUCUCAGCGCGCCGAGCUCAUCACGCUUUACGAUGUUCUCACCGUGAAAUUUAAAGAGGAAAGCAAGAAGUUGUAUACCGAAACACUUUUUUGCUCUUUGUACAACUACGUUAAGUGCUAUUUUGCCCCGGUUUACAUCUCUCCAUCCUCAACUGUGAUAUCACCGCCGAUGGUGCCCUUUCUGGACAAGGGGGAAACUGUGGCAACGCCGCGUUGCACGAGUAACGUCUAUUACGUCUAUUACCUCCCUCUUCUGUUGGGGUGCGCGGCCUGCGAGGUGGCACCCGGGGCUGAGGAGGGAGCCCAUUCCCCCCCCCGGCCUUCGCCGGAAUCGCCUGUCCGGGCGAACGCGAAACUGCGCUUUGUGGAGUGGCACCGCUCACUUCUUCAUGCAUCGCGGCGAAACUUGAAAUUCGCCACGGUUCAGGCUAACCUGGCGUCUUUAGCGUCGUCUGCGAGUGGAGAGGAGGGCGGGGGUGGAGCCCGGGAGACGCUUUUUCCGCUCCUCGAGGCGAUUGCACUGAGACCGAUUCGUCAUUGUGAGCCCCUGACAUACCCUUCCAUGUCGCCAAAUGGGGAUUUCCACUGA